AUGGGAAAUUCUUUAAAAAAGACACAGGUCCGCUUUGCACGUAAAAUUGAUCGCUGGAUUCCCUUUGCAAGGUUAAUUCCCAAAAUUAGCGAGGAAAAAGAUAAUCGAGACAAGUCAGUUGGCAGCGAGAAGCCUAGUAACCAAUGUAUCAAUGUUGUUAAAUUCAUUAUCCUAAUUGGGCACUGUGAUAUCUGCGUUGCCUCUCGCGCACGCGGAGCUUACAUGCCUUCCGACAUCGCCUUUGCUUUUAUAUUUUGUUACGGAUCUGUAGGUCAUUGUUUAGUAGAUCGUAAGAUGGACCUGAAAAAACGAUAUUAUUCAAUUAUUUCUGCUUACCCACUUCGAGAGCUAGCCACAGAGACGUGUUGUGUUUACAUUAUGGCUAGGGCAGUGGACAUCAGUUGUCCUCCACACUUUGAUACAAAUGGCGACGUUACUAGUCUAGGCACCCGCUGGAAGAGGUGGAGAAAUGGGUUUGACCUGUAUUUAGUAGCUGCAGGUAUUACCGAUAACACCCAGAAGAAAGCUCUUCUGUUACACUGUGCGGGUGAAGAUUUACGUGAACUUUUUGACACGUUACCUGAGCCAGAGGCCGCAGAUGGCCAAAAUGAUUAUGUUAAAGCAUGCACUGCAUUAGAUACAUAUUUUCUUCCGAAGAAAAACAAACGCUACGAACGUCAUGUAUUUCGUACAUGUGCCCAAAAGGAGUCAGAAUCUAUCUCACAAUAUGUCACACGUUUGCGAACACUGGCGAAAACAUGUGAGUUCAGAGACAUAGAUGACGAGAUAGUUGAUCAAGUUAUUGAAAAAUGUACAUCACGUAAACUCCGAAAACGCCUUUUAAAGGAGAGUGAGUUAACUUUGGUAAAACUAUGCGACAUUGCAACAAUAAUGGAAGCUGCUGAUCACCAAGUGGCACAGUAUACCAAAUCGACUCUUAGUCGCAACCAAGAAGAUGAAGAUUCUGAGCAAGAUGAUGUAAAUUUUAUCUCAAGAAAGAUAAAACGCACCGGUCUAAGAAAAAGUGGAAUUGCUAAAACACCACCUACAAUUCACACAGGACCGUCGCAGAAUAAUCAACCGUACUGUUACCGGUGUGGUAAAAAAGAUCAUCGUGCAGACAAAUGCAUUGUUACAAAAGGAAAGUCUUGUCACAAAUGCGGAAUACAGGGACAUUUUAGCAAUGUAUGUCGAUCAACUAAGGCAACUGUUCGCUAUGUCACUGCUGAUACCUCCUCCUCGGAUGAUGAUUUUGUGUUAGCCAUCGACAAUGACCCUAACUGUCCCAACCAUAAAAAUUCCAUGUACCCAGUAGAUGUAGAUGGACAACGUGUCAAUGUGCUCAUAGACAGUGGAAGUACCAUCAAUGUAAUCAGCAAAAGCACCCUUAGUGCACUAAAAUUAAAGUCACCUAUCCUUCCAUACCACAAGAAAGUUUUUGCUUUUGGUGCGUCGUCACCGCUCAAAGUUAAUGGCUGCAUAUGGGUUGUCGUUGGUGCUGGAGAGAAAGUCGUGUCUACCAGAUUUGUUGUUGUACCACAAUCUUCUGUCACCAUAUUGGGUGUGGAAACUGCUUGCAAAUUGGACCUACUCCGAGUUGGCCCAGGUGGAACCAUGAACGACAAGGUGAACCACAUCUCUACCUCCGAGGACGGUGUAUUAAAACAACUGCUUUGCAAUUAUGGUGACAGGUUUGAGGGCCUUGGAAAACUGAAAGAUGUCAACCUCAAAAUCCAAAUAGAUCCCACGGUAACUCCAGUCGCACAGAAAGCCAGACGUCUACCGAUCCUAAUGCAGCAACAACUGGACAUGGAAUUAGAAAAACUCUUAGAACUCGGUGUCAUCGAGCCCAUAGAAUCACCACCAUCAUGGGUUAAUCCCCUUGUGAUCGUACCUAAGAAAACACCUUCUGAUGGCAUACGUAUGUGUGUUGACAUGCGUGUUGCAAACACCGCAGUCAUAAGAGAACCGUAUCAGAUACCAACUCUGGAAGAAGUGCUGCAUGAGUUCAACGGGUGCACAGUGUUCACAAAGCUGGACCUGAACAAGGGAUACCACCAAAUUGCUCUAGACGAGGCUAGCAGAGACCUUACGGCCUUUGCAACACACCGUGGUAUAUUCAGAUUCACAAGGCUGAUAUAUGGAAUCGCCUCUGCCGCUGAACAGUAUCAACGAGAAUUGGAACUUGCACUAUCAGGACUAUCUAAAGUACGUAACAUCUCAGAUGAUAUCAUUAUUGGUGGCACUAGUAAUCAAGAUCUACUGGAUCGCAUGCAAUGCGUAUUUGAGCGUCUCCGAGAGAAAAAUCUCACAGUAAACCUAAAGAAAUGCGAGUUUCUGAAGACUGAGCUUAUCUACAUGGGUCACAAGUUGUCAAAAGAUGGAAUUGCACCGGAUGAGAGGAAAGUACGAGCUAUAGCUGACCUCAAACCACCAACUAAUGUGAAAGAAUUGCAAUCCUUUCUCGGCAUGGUGACAUACUGCUCCAAAUUCUUAUCACACUUCUCAACUGUGACUGCACCAUUGCGUCAACUACUCAGCAAAGACACCAAAUGGAGCUGGGGUGAUGCGCAACGACAAGCGUUCAAUGAUCUUAAGAUCAUGCUGUUAUCCAGUGCGACACUUGCUUACUAUCAACCUAACGCAUACACCGAAAUCUUUACUGAUGCAUCCCCUGUUGGGCUUGGCGCAGUUAUAAUGCAACGUCAGCCAGAUGGUAUCUUAAAACCAAUUGGAUAUGCCAGUCGCUCACUACUAAAUGCAGAAACAAGAUAUAGCCAGAUUGAAAAGGAGUGCUUGGCUAUCCUAUUUGCAAUAGAGCGGUUUCGAAUCUAUCUUUAUGGUAUAGAAUUUGUUGUUAAAACCGACCACAAGCCGCUAGUGACAAUGUUCUCCCCUCGUAGGAAACAGCUUCCACCACGCAUUGAACGCUGGGUUAUGAGACUCAUGCCAUACGCAUUCAAGGUUGAGUAUCACCCAGGCAGAACCAAUGGAGCAGAUUACCUGUCACGGUCAAACCCGAUGCAAGACAAUACACCAUCGCACCGAAUGACUGAGGAAUUUGUCAACUUUAUUCAAAGUAAACAACUACCAGUUGCCAUACCAAAGAAAGACAUUCGUGAUGCACAGAAUGAUGAUCCUGCCAUUGCCCUCAUUAAGAAACACCUUGCAUCUGGAACCAUUCCAAAAUUGGAUGUUAUUAGAGAGUAUUAUCCCUCACGUUUGCAACUAUCCAUUGUCAAUGACAUUCUCAUGUUUGCCAACAAAAUUGUCAUCCCGCCAACCCUGCGAGAAAGCAUCAUCUCCAUUGCACAUGAAGGACAUCAGGGACAAGUACGCACAAAACAACGUCUGCGGAAAAAAGUAUGGUGGCCACGCAUGGGCUCCUCGGUUGAAGCCCACAUUAAGUCAUGUCAUGGAUGUCAAGUCACCGCUGGUGCACAAAUCAAAACUCCAGUAGUAAUGACAGAAAUACCUGAUUCAGCUUGGUUGAUGUUGGGUUGUGACCUUUGCGGUCCGUUCCCUACUGGUGAACACCUGCUAGUAUGCAUUGACUAUUACAGCAGAUAUCCCGAGGUAGAGCUUAUCCGCCGAAUAACUGCUGCUAAUAUCGUUGACAAACUUCGUAAAAUGUUUUGUCGUUAUGGUGCGCCAGAGAUAAUAGUGACCGACAAUGGACCACAAUUCCGGAGCAAUACAGAUUUCGCUACUUUGAUGAAAGAAUUUGGGGUGGAGCACCGCAAAGUUACCCCAUAUCAUCCUGAGGCAAAUGGUGAGGUUGAAAGGUUCAACAGAAAUCUGAAGAAAACCAUCCAAGCUGCAAUUGCUGAAAAUCAGAACUGGCGAACUGCCCUCCAGAAUUACCUAUUAGCAUACCGUACCACACCGCACGCAACCACUGGUGCCACUCCUGCAGAGCUUCUGUUUAACAGACCGGUUAAAGACAAGCUACCAGCCUCAACCACAAGUUCCAAAAACACCAUGUCUGUCGUUAAAAACCGAGACCGCAUCCAAAAAGAGAGAAUCGCGAAAUAUGCAGACAAACGCAACAAUGCUCGCAGUCAUGUCAUCCAACCUGGGCAAAAGGUUCUCGUGGCCAAUCAGUCAACACAUCGCAACAAAUUUACCCCUAGAUGGCGCGAUGAACCUUGUACUGUUACUGCUGUAAAAGGAAAUGCAAUUUUCAUUGAAGACGUGACAACCGAUUCUGCAACAGAAAGCUCUGAUGACGAUUUUGACCUGCCACCAACUGUAAACGACCCUGGGAACGAAACCGACUUGACGUCAUCUGAUGAUACCGUUGUCACAGAAAGCCCAUCCAGUGACGAGACCAUUGCGUAUGGCGAGGAAGAGGUGAAUGAUGAAGAACUCUUCGUUCCAAAUAGAAACACACGUACUCGAAACGUUAAACCACCACCUCGUUUCAAAGAUUUCGUUACUGCGUAA